AUGAGGAUUAAGGAUUUUCAGGAGUGUGAUGGCAAAAAGGAUGCAGCAAAAAAGCCCGCAGUAUCCCUUCAGCCACCGGUGCAGCUGGCGGAGGCGACUGGUGGUGACGUCCCCGUAGCGUGGCGGGGGAAGCGGCCCGGAAAUGACCAGCCGCUUCCCCGUGUCCAGCAGGCGAUCCACCAUGGCCCUGAACUCCUGCUUCAGGACCUCCGACUGCCGAUUUCUCAGGUCGUUGAUUCCGGCCUCCAGGACCAGCGUGGAGGCCGAGCUGUGCUGAUCACACAGGCGCAGGGCGGCGGACUCCACAUCUUUCACCCGGGCUCCGGGGUGGCAGAAGGUCCGGCCGCCCUGCACCCUCACAUGGCGGACCAUCGAGGUCCCGACGACCAGGACAGGUGGAGUGCGCUGCUCCGCGGUCCCGGGGACCGGCACGGGUGGGGUGCGCUGCUCCGAGGGCCGCCUGGAGCUGCGCCUCUGGCGGGAGGGGACCCGGGGUUGGUGACGCCGGCCCGCGGUUGCUCCUGGCCGAGACGGAGAGGCCGAGCCAGGCUGGGCCUGCAGAUCCCGGUUCCUGGGCUGGCGAGAGCCACGACCCGCUGGAUGGACCGGUCCCUGCGGAGAGCCGAGACGCGCUCCCAUCGGCGGGAAAUCCUGCAUGCUGAGGACGUCGAACCUGGUCCCCAGUGGGAGAUCAGGUGGCGGGGCAGGGGGAGAUGGACGUCUGGUGCCUCUGGUCACCACGGCCCAGGAUUUCUCCGCCCUGAGCGGCGUCGAGCUCACCGGCUCCGGAGCCGCCGCUCCUUCCUCCCUGACGGAGUACUGCCACUCCGCGGGACGGAGACAGGAGGUGGAGGGUGCCGAGGAUUUCGGCUUGGCUCCCUGCUGGAGCCAGCGGAGCCCAGCGGGUGCUGCUGCUGGAGAUCCGGGGGUGGGAGAUCCGGUCCAUGGCAGGGUGGUAUUUUCCAUGGCCGUCAUGCUCCGAUCACCGGUACCGGAUAA